AAUUCUUGGGAGGACCAAGCCGGCGGUGGACAAGAACAGGAAGAGCUGUGGCUGAAGGAACAGUGGCAGAAAAGCUAGGGGUCAGGGGCUGAGAAGCGACUCUCAGCUUAGAAAUCCAAGACACCCCUGUAGCUGGGCCCUUCACGGAUUUCCUUCCAGGAACCUACCUGUGAUCAGUAAGGAAGGACCAGGGUGGCAAAGGCUUAUGCCCCCAUAUUACAGGUGAGGAAACUGAGGCCCUAGGAGGUCAAAUUUUGUCCCCUCUAAAACUCAACAAGUGGUUGAUGGCAGAGUUGAGACUAUGAUCAAGACCUGGGAGCCAGUCUUUCAUCUGGGAUACUUCUCCAAGAUUUCAGCUCAGCCAUCUCAGCACUCUACCCUUUCUUAGAAGAGAAGUACAAAGGAGGAAGGAAUGUCUGCUGUUUUCCUUGUAGUCUGAUACUAGAUUUCUUCUUCCUGGAAAGCCUGAUCUUUGACCAGAUGGCAAUAACAUUUGAAGAUGUGACUAUUAUUUUUACUUGGGAGGAGUGGAAAUUCCUGGAUUCUUCUCAAAAAAGGCUCUACAGGGAGGUCAUGUGGGAAAACUACACAAAUUUCAUGUCAGUAGGAAACUGGAAUGACAGCUACAAAUCCCAGGAAGAAAGAUUCAGACAUUUACUAUAUGAAAAUUUUUCCUGCUGGCAGGGCUGGAGGAAUGCCAACACUCAGAUAUUUGAGAAUGAGAACUAUGAGGAAACUAUUCAAAGGAAAGAUUCCAAAGACCUAAAGCAGCAAGACCUUUCUCAGUGUCAAGAAUGGUUAAUACUCUCCACACAAAUACCAGGGUAUGGGAACUAUGCACUGACUUUUGAAGGCAAAAGUCCCAGGAACUUAAAAUAUAAAAAUUUUAUACCUUGGCAGUCCUUAGAAACAAAAAACACUCAAGACUAUGGUAGAGAAAUCUAUGUGAGUGAUUCCCAUGGUUUACAAGGGGGCAGAUACCAUCUUGGCAUAUCCAGGAAAAACUUCUCCAUUGAAAAGGAACAGAAGCUCUUAGUUCAGCAUUCUUGUAUCCCAGUGGAGGAAGCCCUUCCAGAGUACGUUGGGGAGACGUGUCAAAAUAACCUACUGAAAGACUCAAUGGAAGACAAAUACUGUGGAUGUAACAAAUGUAGAGAAAUUUAUUAUUGGAACUCACAGUGUAUUCUCAAGAGAAAACAGCUUGGAGAAAACCUCUAUCAGUGUUCCAUCAGCACAGCAUUCUUCUCCCAGAGAUCAGACUUACAUAGACAUCCAAGAAUCUACAUAGGUAAGAAGCUGUAUGGAUGUGAUGAAGUAGACAGUAACUUCUGUCAGAGCUCAGGAGUUCACUUUCAUCAAAGAGCCCACACGGGGGCUGUGCCUUAUAUCUGUAAUGCGUGUGGUAAGAGCUUCAGUCAGAUCUCUCGUCUUGAUAAUCAUCAAAGAGUCCACACAGAGGAGAAACUCUAUAAAUUUGAAUGUGAUAAGGACCUAAGUAGAAAUUCAUUACUUCACAUUCACCAGAGACUUCACAUAGGAGAGAAGCCUUUUAAGUGUGAUCAGUGUGGUAAGAGUUUUAGUCGGAGUUCAGUACUUCAUGUUCAUCAAAGAGUCCACACAGGCGAGAAACCAUAUAAGUGUGAUGAGUGUGGUAAGGGCUUCAGUCAGAGCUCAAAUCUUCGAAUCCAUCAGUUAGUACACACAGGAGAGAAGUCCUAUAAAUGUGAUGACUGUGGCAAGGGCUUUACCCAGCGUUCAAAUCUUCAAAUUCAUCAGAGAGUGCAUACAGGAGAGAAGCCUUAUAAAUGUGAUGACUGCGGAAAGGACUUUAGUCACAGCUCAGAUCUUCGCAUUCAUCAGAGGGUCCAUACGGGAGAGAAACCCUAUACUUGUCACGAAUGUGGAAAGGGGUUCAGCAAGAGCUCAAAACUUCACACUCAUCAAAGAGUACAUACUGGGGAGAAACCCUAUAAAUGUGAAGAGUGUGGCAAGGGAUUCAGUCAGCGUUCACAUCUUCUCAUUCAUCAGAGAGUCCAUACAGGAGAAAAACCAUAUAAAUGUGAUGAUUGUGGAAAGGGCUUUAGUCACAGCUCUAAUCUUCAUAUUCAUCAGAGGGUCCACACAGGAGAGAAGCCUUACCAAUGUGCUAAGUGUGGUAAAGGUUUUAGUCAUAGCUCAGCUCUUCGAAUUCAUCAAAGAGUCCAUACAGGAAAGAAAUCUUAUAAAUGCCAUGAGUAUUAUAAGGGAUUUGAUCAGAAGUCACAUCUUCACAAUAAUAGAAGAGAAAGUUUAUAAAUAUUAUUCAUUAACAGGUGUAAUCAAAGUUUAACCUUUAAACUCAAUAUAUGGAAGGAAAUCCUAUAAAUAAGACAAUCUCAUACAGCAUUUAUAGUUUGCUCUAACUCCUACUAAGAAUUAUUUGCUUCAAGAGGAAAUCCUUAAGAGGAUAUCUAUAUAUUUAAAAUUAAAGGGUAUUUUCUUUACCCACUAUAAGUAUAAUACAUAGUCAUUAUAAAAUAUAUUAAAAAUUUAAGGAGAAAACUUCCUCCUGUUUCAUUCUAGUCUUUUUUUCUGUGCAUUUUGGUGUGCAUGAAAUUAUUCUGUGUGUGUGUUCAACUUUUUAUUUUCACUGAUUUCAAAACAUUUGCUCAAAUUUCGGUUUGAAUCGAAACUAGCUAGCCAUCUUUGACACAACAUCUCUUGAUUCCCCUGUAGUCUGUAGGAAGUCACAGAAAAGGUAGAAACACAAAACUUGCAACUUAAACUGGUAGAUAACCUAUUUGCUCAACUAUACGGCCACUAUAUGGCUAACUAUAAGGCCAAUAAAAGUCAAUUGUUUAUGAAACAAAAGCCACUUAAUAAAAGAUAGGAAAACAUUGUAUGAGCUUGUAUUUGAGAUAUCUGAGUAUAUCUUAAAGAUGUUAUCUCUGUCAAACAGAAAACUCAGGGACCUUCCUUCUGUUGCAUGGGUGCUGCACUUUCAGGUAACCACAAUGUACUCUCAUCCUUUCCCCAGUUUUCCACAUUUAUUCAUAGUUUCAGACACAAAGUAACAAGAAAUACAAAAUUUAGUUUCUCUAAAAUGUGAAAGGUAUGGACAAAAGUUGAUAUUAAUGAAUGCUAGCAACAAGAUACUCCAUUGGUUCAGAAUCAGGGAUUCAAGCAGAAUUUUAUUUAAUCUCAGUAGAACAGAGUGGUAAUAGAGAAAUAUCUGCUAGGAACAGAAUUGAAGUCAGAGCUACGUACAACAAUGAACCCUCAAGAUAAUUAUGUAAGAAGAGAAUUUAUUAUAAAAAUAUAGAAGAAUCAAUAGAAAUAGAGUACCAACUAUUGAUAGGAAAUAUGCUUAGGUAAUACUUGCCAAGAGUGGACCUGUUUAGGGAAAUAAGAGGGAAUUUCAAUAUCAACAAAAGGAAUAUCAUCCUCAAGACUUAGAAAUAUAUUACCCUGAAAAUUAGCUGAUUAAGGCUCCAGAGGAAAUAUUUUAAAAAGUUGGUAUCCCAAGUAGCAUAACAGAAAACCUGAACUAAAAAAGCAAGAAUAGAAAUCCACAGGUAGAGAAGAGCCUCUGAAAUAGAUAUAAUGAAGAAGGACUUCACUGAAAUUAAAAAUGCUACAUCAAAGGCAGUAAAGAGUAAAAUUAACAUUGCAGAGUAUCAAAUGUUGUAAUGAAUAAACUUGAGACAAUCUUAAAUGUCUAAGAAAAAGAGAUGGAAACAAUGAGAAAAGAUAGAUGUAAAGAGCAGAGAAUGGAAGUCCAACAUAAGAAUUAAAGAUGUUUCUAUAGAAGGUAAAAAAGAACAUUUGAAAUAGAAUCAAUGAUCAAAGACAUUAAGAAAUUUUUCCUGAAUUAAAAGCAUAUCUCACUAGAUUUCAGGCAAAACCAACAUAAAAACAAUCUUAGAAACAGCCUAGGAAAAAAAGGAGCAAUUGAAAGCAUGCAGAAAGAAAAAUUAUAGUUUAUCUACAAAACCAAAAUGGAGGAUGGAUACCAACAUCUGCAACAGGAACUCAGAAGACAAUGCAACAGCACCUUAGGAUUCUGAGAUUAAAAACGUCUGUUAUCACUUAAUAGUUUAAUCAACAAAAUUGUCUUUUAUAUAUGCAGGAAACAAGUAUUUUAUAGAUAAGCAAGAAAACAGCCUAUCUUUCAUGUUCCUUUCUUAGUUCAUGAAUGUGAAAGUCAUAUUAUAAAAGGAAUGGUAAUGAGCACUAAAAUCAGUUAAAGAGUUAAGUCUGAAUAGUUAAUUUGUUUACAAAACUUUAAAAAAUGUAAACAGUUGUACAAGAAAAUAUACAAAUGCUAUGUAUGUUGCUGCCCAACCAGGUUCAUAUGUCAGCUGCCCAAGAGGAAGACGAUACGCUGAGUCAGCAGAGUUUACAAAGCAGAGAAAGUCUUUAUUCCGCAUAGCGCUAAGCAGGGAGAUGGGAGAAAUUUCUCAAAUCUGCCUUCCUGGGAAUUUGGGAGACGGUUUUUAAGUGUAGUUUGGCAGGUAAGGGAUUAGGCAAUUAGGUUUGUUAAUUGGGACAAAAUUAUAGAGGUGUAGAUAUCAUAGUAUUGUUUCAGUCCCUAGGGUCACAAUUCCAGUUGAGUAGAUUUCUUGGUAUGGGCUGCUGGUCCAUUGGAUAGGUCAACUAAUCCACUGGAAUGCGGAGCCUGGAAGAUAUUUUUCAAACUACCUUUAGGUUUCAAAACAGUGAUGUUAUCUAUGGAGAAAGUUCAGAAUCUUUAUGGACAGCAGCCAUGGGGAGAAAGUAAAGAAUCUUUAUGACCACCAGCUGUGUGGCUCUGGAGAAACAAACAGGGAGAGUUACUAAUUAUUAUUAUUAUUAA